AUGGAAUUUGAGUCCAAUGGAGCACCAACAGAAAUAGGAUUAGAAUUGAAUAAAGUGGCUGUGGAAUCAGACGAAGCAGCAUUGGAUAUAUCUUUGGGGUCCGAUAAACUACCAGAUUCGACAAGCACACUUAAAGAAAUUUCUGCGAACAUUCCUAUUCCGGGAGAGCCUGUCAAUGUCGAUGUUCCACCAGAAAUUAAGAAACCAUUGGGUGAAAACGAUCCUUCUACUUGGAAAAAAAAAUUCAAACGAAGUAAUAGCAUAAUCACAAUCGAUGAAAAUAGCUUUGAGGAUUUUCAAACUAGUGGACUAAAGAAUGAGGUCAAGGGAGAGAAUACUACUCAUCAACGACCGGAUUCGGAAAAAGUGAACAGUAUGAAGUACAAUACCUUUAAAAAAGUACCCCGUAUAUUUGUUGGAAGUAGAACUCAUAAGCAGCUCUCCCAACUCAUCUCAGAAUUAAAAACAAAAACAAGAUACAAUCCCCGUACAACAAUCCUUGGAAGUCGUGACCAGCUAUGCAUUCAUCCAAAAGUAUCGAAAGCCUCGAACAAAACAGAAUCCUGCAUAGAAUUACUGGAUAAAAAUGCAUGCCAUUACAAGCAUAAAAUUGGCCGGAUUAUGACCCAUCCUUCUAUUAAUGGUACAAACCGUGUUUGGGAUAUUGAAGACUUAGUGACGUUAGGGAAAAAAGUAAAAGGGUGUCCUUUUUAUGCUUCUAGAAAAAUAUACGAAGGUGCAGAAGUCGUCUUUUGUCCUUAUAACUACAUUAUCGAUCCAUUGAUCCGUAAAGUUUUAGAUAUCAAUUUAAAAGAAAGCAUCAUUAUUUUGGAUGAAGCACAUAAUAUUGAAGACAGUUCACGAUCUGCAGGAUCUUUCGAGGUGGAUGAACAAAAACUUGCAACAGUUAAAAAAGAAUUGGACCAAAUUAUAAGAAAUCGAAUCGAAGGUGAAGCACAUCAGACUUUAGAAGUGAUAGUAAAUUAUUUGUACGACUGGAUCACUUCUACUGAUAAUAAAUAUACUAUUCAAGAAUAUGAAGCUCAUCAUUGCAAUUGGACCGGUGUAGAUAUACUCCAAAAACUAGCAGAAGGCAAUAUUACACCCUUUCUUUUUCACGACGUUCUAAAGCCAGCAUUUAGCACAGCGGCGGCUCAUGCAGAAAAAAUUAGGAAAGAAAAGGAGAAUAACAGUGAAGCGCCAAGUGAAGAAAUCGACAAUUCGCAAAGUCCGUUUUUUCACCGUAAAUGUCUUACCACUACCAGUUUAUCAACAUUGCAGGGUUUAUUCAUGGUGUUUGGAUUCUUAUUUAAAGAGGAAACACAUUUUGAAGAUGAUUACCAAAUGGUGCUGACAAAAAAAAUUGAAAGGACUCAAAAAUCUCAAACAGUGAAUGGAAAGAGAAGAAAGAAAGGCAUAUCGGGUUAUAUGGAACCAGAGUGGUCUUUCAAAUUGGCGUUCAAAUGCUUAAAUCCGGGCAUCAUUUUCAAGGAUAUGACAGACACUACUCGUUCAGUUAUAUUAACUAGUGGAACCUUAUCACCGUUGAAUACCUUUGCUUCAGAACUUGAGACCGAUUUUGAAGUACGACUUGAAGCUAAUCAUGUUAUCGAUAAAUCACACGUAUGGGUUGGAGGCAUUCCUCAAGGACCAAACAGAGUUUCUUUAAAAGGUAUAUACUCUAACUGGGAGUCCUUUCAUUUUCAAGAUGAUCUUGGUGAAGCUAUUUGUGAGAUUGCUGAGUCUGUGCCAUUUGGCGUAUUAUGUUUUUUACCUGCUUACAAUACAUUAGACAAGCUAAUGCACCGAUGGAAGCUUACCAAACUAUACAAUCGGUUAGCAGCCAAAAAAAUGAUUUUCAUUGAGCCUAGAGGUAGUGACAAGGUCGAAUUCGAAAAUACGAUUGGAGCUUUUUACAAGCAAAUCGAUGCCGUAAAUCUUCAGCCAGAUGAUGAAGGUCGUGAUGGAGCCAUAUUUUUCGCUGUUUUCCGAGGAAAAGUGAGUGAAGGCAUAGAUUUUUCUGACAACUAUUGUCGCGCUGUCGUGACAAUAGGUAUACCCUACCCUGCAGUGUAA